AUGCGUUUGAACGACUGCGACGGUGAACGACCAUCGCCAACUUCUCGUCCAAAAUUUUAUCUCGCUCCCAUGGUUCGAUAUUCGAAGUAAAAAAAAUGUGCCAGACUAGGAAAAGAAGAAUUCGUAAUUUUUAGGUUGGCUUUUCGUCAAUUAGUAAGAUUAUAUGAUGUCGACGUAUGUUACACACCAAUGAUUUACGCCAAGAACUUCUUAGAAUCCGCCAAAUGUCGAAGCAGCGAAUUUUCAACAUGCGAUGGUUCGCAGUUAGUUUUUUGUUAUGUAAAAUUGUUUUUUUUUUUUGGGUGAUUCUCCGACGAUUGUACAGUUUGCCACUGACGAUCCUUUCGUGUUAGCGGCUGCCGCUGAAAUGGUUUCAGUGUACGUUUUUCAUUAUUAUUUUUUUCUUUCAAUAGUUUAUGCUCAGAUGUGCAUCUGGAGUUGAUCUAAAUUGUGGAUGUCCGAAACAUGACGUUCGAAGCAAAGGAUUUGGCAGCGCACUCUUGAGUAAGCCCGAACUAUUGGCGGAUAUGGUACGACAGACACGGCAGCGUGUUCCGAACCCGGAUUUUAGUGUUUUUUAAAUGUUUUUUUUUCUAACAAUUUAGCAGUUUUAGGUGUCGCUGAAAAUCCGCAUUAACUAUCCUAUCGAACGAACAGUUGACUUAUGUAGGCAGGUAGGCAUUCCAAUUUUCUGAUAUACUUUAUUAAGAAAAACUUUUUGAGGGAUUUUGGUAUAAUUUUUAUUUUAUUUUAAAUUUUCAUUGUGAAUUUAUUUAGAUUCUUUUUAAGUUUUUAUAGUUUGUUUCGCGCCAGCUUGUCAUAUUUUUUUCCCAAAAGACCGUACACCAAUUUAGAUCAAAUUUGACCCCACUUCUCUUCAAGACCUUUGUUUUUCGCUGUCCUUUUAGCAGUUUUGUAUAUAGCAAAAGUUUGUAUAUAUAGUAAAUUUUUAUUUUUGCUGCUGUUUUGAAACCUGACCGUCUCUUGCGGUACGCCUUUAAUUAUAUGUUUCAGUAGAUCUAAAAAAUGGAGUCAAUUAUUAUUCUUUUUUUUUGUAACAAUAUGUGAAGUUUCGAUUUUAUGUAGGCGGAACACGCUGGUGUAACUCAUUUGACCGUUCAUGGACGGACGCCUUCCCAGAGAGCGGAACCGAUCGAUCGAGAAGCUUUUGCGAAUAAUUAAUGUGAACGGUUCACAAUAAUUAUUAAUUUUUUUCUUUCUUUUUAAGGACGCAGUGAAUGUGCCGAUAAUUGCAAAUGGCGGAAUCACAACCAGACAAGAAGCUAUCGAUUUGGCCAAGGAAACUGGCGUCUCCGGUAAUUUUGCUUUAAAACAUUAACAACUAAACUUUUCCAGGUAUCAUGGCUGCCAACGGACUUUUGACGAAUCCGGCCCUUUUUUCUGGCCAUGAAACUACGCCGCAGGACUGCGUAGAGAAUUUUGUUUGUUUUUUUUUUCAGUUUGAUGUUACAACACAGUGGCUCCUUCGAAAUAUUUUGAAAAACUUCAAUACAGCGAACAGAUUUUUCGUACCCAUUUAAUAGUUGGAAAAAGGUCCGAAUUUUCAAUCAAAUUUGUUUUUCCGCGUAAGCUUCACUCGAGUGAGGCUUGCGUGGCAUUAUUAUUUUUAUUCCGAUGUUUAAAAAAGUUUAAAAAAAAUUGUGUGCUGUACACAACAAAGGAAAAUCGAAAAAAUUUAAACUCUGAUACUUUUUAGUAAGAUGUUGUUUAAGCUGGCAAUUUUUCCAUGCAGUCUUAUAAUGUGAUUGUUAAGAUGCGCCUGUCUCUGGAGCACGGGCUUGACUGGCUGCUUUACCACCAGCACCUCCAGUACAUGUUGAGACCGGUGAUGACGCCUUCGCAGAGACGCGUCUUCAACGAGCUCAACGGUCGCCUCGCAGUUGAUCACUUCAUCCGCACAACGCUUCUCCCUCCGGAUGACGUGAAUUCCUACUUUGAGCAACUCGUUUCUGUUUUUUGA